CGUCACCGACGUAGAACGGGACUGUUUGUUCUGGAUUUGGGGCGAGGAAGGUCUGCGAGCGCUGACAACCGCCUAAAGAAGGUGCGACACCUGGCUCUCCGUGUGCUGUGGUCCCCUAGCCCCUACAGUGGCAUAUAUCCCCUGUUACCGCAGGAAAGUGGUGCCUCAUCAACUGAGAUAUGAUCACAGUAGUGGGUUAGACCAGCUGCGCAGCAUCAAACAUAGUCUGGUGAGGAGUGUAAUGGCUUGAGGGGGCCCCCCCCCCCGCUCGCACCUGCCCCUGCCAGGUCUAAUCUGCCUAAACUGUCUGCUCAGCCACUGCAACUUGCCACUGCGAUGGGAGACGGACUGGAGGCAGGCAGCAGCCACAACCCUCCCUCUGCCCCGCCCCCUCUCCCCUUCAACCCUCCACCCCCUGAAAUAUGGAACUCUUCCAAACCCAAACGACAAACCAACCAGUUACAGUACCUGCUUAAAGUGGUGUUGAAGACAUUAUGGAAACACCAGUUUGCAUGGCCCUUCCAAGCACCUGUAGAUGCAGUCACACUUAAUUUGCCUGACUACUAUAAGAUCAUAAAGUCUCCUAUGGAUAUGGGCUCGAUAAAGAAACGGCUAGAAAACAACUACUACUUGAAUGCCCAGGAGUGCAUUCAAGACUUCAACACGAUGUUCACAAACUGCUACAUCUACAACAAGCCUGGGGAUGAUAUCGUCCUGAUGGCCGAAGCCUUGGAAAAGCUCUUUCUCCAAAAGAUAACUGAGAUGCCCCAAGAAGAAGUAGAGAUUGCUGUGGUCACAAAGGGACGUCGCGGGGUCAGGCGGGAGUCGGUUAUUUCAGUGACCAUUACGGAAGGCCAUCAACAGAUUUGUUCAUGUCUGUAUCUGCUAUACGACGGUCUAACAAAGUCAGAUUCAGGCCAAGACUCUUCAUCCCCUUCCACUACCCCAAAUACAAGAGGCUUUUCAUCUCCAUCAACCACUCCACGAGCCUGUGGCACACCAGCUACACCCCUGUCCCACUCCCAGCCCCUCGCCACACCCUUAUCCCAGCCCCUAGCUACACCCCUCUCUCAGCCCCUCGUCCAGCCCCUCGUCCAUCCCCUCGUCCAUCCCCUCGUCCAUCCCCUCGUCCAGCCCUUAUCCCAGCCCCUCACUCAGCCCCUGCCCCAACCCCUCGCUCAGCCUCUAUCCCAGCCCCAGCCCCCACGCGUGCCUCCGACACCCACCAACCAUGCUUCCCACCUGGGGCCCCCAUACACCGUCUCAACUCCAGAUGUCCUAGCCCAGGGUAUGACAGCAGUUCCUCCUCCAGCCUUGACACAUCCAGGCCUCCAUCCUCCCCCCAUGCUGCAGAGCUCCCCAGCUCUCAUCAAGCAAAGGAAGAGCCAGAAGAGGAAAGCUGAUACCACUACACCCACAGCCAAUGACCAGCUUAGUGAAUCACCUCCCGUGUCUGAUGUGACUCGUCCACGCCGAGAUAGCAUUCGCCCGCUAAAGCAACCCAAAAGAGACCCUUUACAGCCAGACUCCCAGCAUCACCUAGCAGGAGGUUUGGAGACGGGAGGGACAGUGACACCCAAGCGCCAGGAGCAAUUACGGUCCUGUGUGCGCGUUGUUAGAGAGAUGCUGUCUAAGAAACAUGCGGCUUAUGCCUGGCCUUUUUACAAACCUGUUGACGCUAAAGCUCUUGGCCUACAUGACUACCAUGACAUCAUCAAGCACCCCAUGGAUCUAAGCAGCAUCAAGAGAAAGUUGGAUAACAGACAGUACAGAGAGGCCCAAGAAUUUGCAGCAGACGUACGGUUGAUGUUUUCAAAUUGUUACAAGUACAAUCCUCCAGACCAUGACGUGGUUAACAUGGCCCGCAAAUUACAGGACGUGUUUGAGAUGCGUUUCGCCAAAAUGCCCGAUGAUCUGGAGGAACCCACCUCUGUUCCCACACCAUCGUCAGCCCUCCUCUCUGCACCCUCAACUCGACAAGCCCCUCUUCCUCCUUGUGUUUCAGAAGAAGAUAGCUCUAGUUCCUCUGAAUCUGAGUCAUCGGGAGGAGGCUCAGAGCAUGAAAGGCAGCAACGAUUGGCUGAGUUACAGGAACAGCUUAAGGCUGUCCACGAGCAGCUGGCGGCACUCUCCCAGCCGCAGGCCAGCAAGCCCAAGAAGAAAGAGAGGGACAAGAAGGAGAAAAAGAAAGAAAAACACAAGAAGAAGAUGGGUGCAGAGGAACCUGUUGAAAGCGCUUCUCUGGCGAUGCUUCAGACUUCUAAGAAAAACAAGAGCAGCAAGGAUGCAGUCUUGGUAAAGAAAGAGAGAAAAAAGCCCAGUAAGAAAGAAGGAAUUAAAAAUGGUCGCCCAGCUGCGCCCCCUCAGCCAGGCCCGAUCCCUCUUGUCCCUUCAGCUUCUCUUGAAGCAGAGGACAACAUUGAUGUAUUUGGGAGUGUGUCCACCGACAGAGGCAAGCCAAUGUCAUACGAGGAGAAGCGGCAGCUGAGCCUGGACAUAAACAAGUUGCCCGGUGACAAACUGGGCCGGGUUGUGCACAUAAUCCAAACGCGCGAGCCUUCACUGAAGAACUCCAACCCCGAUGAGAUCGAGAUUGACUUUGAGACGCUGAAGCCCUCGACACUGAGAGAGCUGGAGAAAUAUGUCUCCAGCUGCCUCAAAAAGAAGAAAAAGCCAUCAGCAGCGGAGAAGCCCCUGGAAAUGACAAAUGUGAUAAAGAUGAAGACAGGCACCUCAUCUUCAGGCAGCAGUGACUCCUCUGAUAGUGAAGACUCUGAAAAUGGGCUGGUUCCCAAACAACAGAAGACAACCUCGACCAACAAGGACAUGAAGAGAUCACACCACCAGUCCCUCAGUAGUGACAUGGGCCCCGGCACCUCCGCGCCUCAGACUCUGCCUCCACUGCCUCAGUCCAAACCCUCAUUUGUACCCCCUCCUCCUGUACCCGUCCCUGUUCCUGCUCUGGACUCCUCCCAACUUAUCACCUCAGGAUUUGAUCCUUUGCCUCACUUCAUGAACCAUCACUUGACGCAGGCACACACAGAGCCCAGUGCAACCAUUACCCCUGCCGGUGCCGCUGCUGCCCCUGGUCUUCUCAACGCAAAUGCACCCAACCAGAUACCCACCGAGACGCACCCUUUUCUAAACCAACAUCCCAUCAUACCUUCCCCAGCAGUCCACAAUGCUCUUCCCCAGCAACCAUCAAGACCCAGCAACCGCGCUGCACCACUUCAACGCAAACCCUCGCAGCCUCCCCCGUCCUCACUUCCCUCCAUGCCUCCGUCUUCCUCACCGCAGCUUCAACCCACGCUUUCCCUCAACCUCCCGCAACCUGUGCCCCGCCCACGGGUCCCUUCGCCGCCGUCACACGGCAUCCUAGGUACGCUCUCAGCACAGCCUCCCCAAGCCCUGCUGGAGGACGACGACGAGCCAACACCCACCAGUUCUGACACGCCUCCACUGAGUCAAGUCCACACGCUCCUGCAGUCGCUCCAGGCAAGACCCGCCACGCAGCUGCAGCCGCUGGAUGCACCUGUGCAGGUCGCCGCCCAGCUGGUGUCGUCUAUGCACACACAAGUUAUGACGACAACCACGCCUGCCCUGGCGCAGAGACACAGCUCAGGAUUCAUGUCGCAGCCGUUCGCGCACACGAACUCAUCGUCACAACAGCAGAAGGCGACGGUCUUACCGCAGAAGAUACAACAGUUGCAGCAACAUCAACAGCAGCCAUCACCACGAAGCAAAACAGAGCCUUUCUCAACAGCGAGUCUGCAUGGAAGCCCCUCUCCGCUGAUGAUGCACUCUCCUCAGAUGCCUCAGUUCCAUACAAUGGGACAACAGUCGCCCUCACAGACCAAGAAGCUUGAGGAGAGGUCCAACCUCAUGGGAGUCAAAGAGGGGAAGCCUUCACACUCGCCCAUUCUGCCCCCCUCACCCUUCAGCCCUGCGGGCCGCCAAGACACACACAAACAAGACGGCAAACACAGGUCGGAUAUGAAGCCACUGGAUGGUUCCCACCCAAUUUCCCGCCUGCCAGACUCCCCUGCCCCACCAUCUUCCCAACAGGACAUCAAAAUUAAGCAAGAACCCAAAACUCCCAUUGCACCCAAAAAGACACAGUUAAAGAACAUGGGUUCUUGGGCCAGCCUGGCUCAGAGGUCCCAGUCCACACCGGCCUCGGCGGUGCGUUCAUCCAGCGACAGCUUUGAACAGUUCAGACGAGCUGCCAGGGAGAAGGAGGAGAGGGAAAGGCAGCUGAAAGCACAGGCAGAGCAGGCCAGGAGAGAGCAAGAAAAACUACGCCGUGACGACGAGGACACGAUGGAGCACACUCGUCGAGCACAAGAAGACAGCCGUCGUCGUCAGGAGCAACAGUCACCGCUGGCUCCAACACCUCCAGCCUCAACUCCACCCACUCACUCUCCACAAGCUCCGCCCACACAAACACAAGCCCCGCCUCCACCUACCGCCGCUGCACAGAACUCUCUGGACCAGCAGAGGGAGAUGGCCCGCCGCCGGGAGCAGGAGAGGCGCAGGAGAGAAGCAAUGGCAGACACCAUAGACAUAAAUUUCCAGAGUGAUCUGAUGGCAAUUUUUGAAGAGGAUCUGUUCUGAGAGAAAAUGAUGCUGGCAUGAGAUAAGGACCUAUAGUCACAAAUAAGCAAACUGACAAAAAGAUGAAUAAUAAUGCUCUGAUACACAUGGUCGCUGCUACACAUACCCACAUUAAACAGAUCUAAUUGUAGCUGUCCCUUUCUCUCAGAUGUUCAAACAUCUGAUUUGUGUCGUAUGAAUUAAGGGAGAUUGAGAUUUCCUCUAGAAAAGAUAUGUUUCUGGCUUGAUGGGACGGUUGUUAGUUAAGACGGCAGGAAUAACAGACACACUGUUGGCUCCAUCAAGAAAACACUGAGAAGGAAAGCACAGAACUGAGGUAAAAAAAAAACUAAGGUGAAGAGCGAGACUUUAUUAAAGAAGUUUGGGUGAAAAUUAAAUAUUUUCUGUGAUAUGUGAUGGGAGAAAAGUUUUUAAAAGGACUGGUAAACGAAUAAACAGAUCACUUUGCUCUUUUUUUUGUUUCCUCUCUUCAGAUCACAGUCUCUGUAUGAAUAUAAUUUAAUUUGAAUUCUAACUGGGAGGGUUUGGCUGAGGUUGCCAGGUUUGACAGUUUCAGCUAUCACCCGAGUUGAAUUGGUUUCUCAGGGCACAGUGGGAGUGAAACAACCUAGCCGCUUAAAUGUGUUUCUAAGCCUCAAAGCCCUCCUUCCCCAUUUCACUUCCUUCUACUUCUCUGCAGUCUCAAACAAAGGAGCUGGAGGCAUCAGCCAUAUUAAACGUUCAAGGGCAAUCAGGAAGGAUUGAUUGCAUUUGAAACAUUUUGGAGUGUGUCCCUUUGCCUAAGUGCUCUGGCCUGUAAACUGAUGAUCACACCCCACAGAUUAUACAUAUAUAUAAAUAUAUAAAUAGAAACAUGAAUAAAUAUAUAUUAUAUAUGAUGAAAUGUCAGCGAAAAAGAAUAUGUGAGAGCUUUUGAUUGUGGAUGGCAAAGCUCGUGUCUGUGUUCAUCUCUGAGCUCUGGUUUUGACUUUGUAGAAAUUACUGUAAAGAAGAAAAAAGAUCUUUUUUAUGAUUCUAUUGAGAGGAUUGUUUUAUUUGUCUUAUUCUCUAUCUAUCACACUUCUUCUGUUUGUUUUUUUCCCCCCCUCAACUUUAUGCCAAAACCAAUCUUAUUGAGUGCUGAAAGUUCUUUCACAUUUUUUUACAUGUAAAAUGUAUCUUCUUUUCACUUUAUAUUAAAGGCUAUGUUUUUAUUGCUAUUUAAUUUUCCUUUAUCCCCUUUUAAAUCUGAAGUUAUGCAACAGUUUGCUCUCUAAUGGUUGGAAAAGCAGUUUCAAAAUAAUUUUGUGACUACUAGGUCCCAUCAUUCUGUAGUUGUGCAGUAAAUCUGCACUUGUGUUUAAUCAUCAUCAUCAUCAUCUUACUUUUAUCACUUCUUUUCAUCAUGUAUACGUUUUUAGUCUCUCCUAACGAUAUAGUGUACAAUCAUCUCCACAGCUUCAGCAGUUUGUAUGAUAUGCUCUUGUUUUUGAUUCUGUUGUUUAGUUUUUAUUUUUUUGAAAUGUGUUCAUUGUCCACGGUAAAAGUUUUGGAUUUUGUGUGCCAUUGUGUUUUUCUGGAAGUGGGGAGUUUCCCAGUUCCUGUAGAUUUGGCCCAGAGAUCCAAGAGUGUUUUCAGUUCCAUAAUCACUUCUUUUUUUUAUGUUUCUUUCAUUUCUUUUCCCUUUUCUUAAUUCCCAUUUGACUUCCUUUCCUUUAUCCUUUGCUAUACUCUUGAUUUAUUUUACCCAGAACAAUGUGUUGGUAUGUUGGUGAGUGAGGCAUUGAGGUCAAUAGGUUCAUCUUCAGAUAAUGGAGUACAGCAUCUUUUUUUAAAAAAAAGUAUUAAAAUGAUAU